GCAACUGUGAAAAUGGAACGGAUCGAUUUGUGGGAUGAGGAUGACGAAGAGGAGCGAUAUUUUGAUGUUCCUGACCCGCAACCAAGUGCUGUCAAAAAUUCUACUGCUAAGGCUAAGCAGCUGACUGACGAAGUUGAGCAAAAACCUGACCAAAGCGAACUGUCGAAGUCCAGCGGCAAAGGUGGAUGGGUUCACAGGGAUAAUAUCGUGCUUCGAGCUCAGUCGUCUCACUAUGAUCGAUCGGUGAGAAAUCCGUUGUUCGCGCAUGCUGAGACAAGUAUUGCGAGUGAGCUGUUGGAGUUGAGAAAACACUAUCACCCCACUGUAGCGAUCUUCGCUGCUAAUUUACUUGAUAGGGGUAAUGUUUUGCAUUGCGAAUGA